GAAGCAGAGAUGAAGGUAUUAUUAUAUGUUGGACGACGUAAAGAAGAAGAAGAAGAAUGAUGCACAAAAGAAGAGCCUCACUCUCUCGCUACAAGACGAGCCCACAAAUCCUAUCCUCAUCGGAGUCAACGUUUGGAGACACUCAUGUGCUCAUCGAUUGCUGCAUCUUUCCCUCGAAACCCCCUCCUUCCCACCCCACCAUCUACACAAACGCGGCUCCAGCCUCCCGGCAAUCCAUUGCAAGACUCUCUCCAAGCGCCGGGAAGAUGAUGAUGAGAGGUGCCUCGGUCUUCUUCCUCGCGGUGGUUCUUCUUCCUCUGCUUGUUCACGGCGACUGCGAGUGCUCCACCGAUGAGGCGGGCCGUGACAAGAAGAAGGCCCUCCCGCUGAAGAUUGCAGCGAUAUUUUCCAUCCUUGUGUGCGGCAGUAUCGGCGUCUGCAUCCCCAUCUUAGGCAAAUGGUGGCCCGCUCUUCACCCGGAAAAGGAUGUCUUCUUCGUCAUCAAGUCGUUCGCUGCCGGUGUCAUUCUCGCCACCGGCUUCGUCCACAUCCUCCCCGACGCUUUCGACGGCCUCACCUCCUCGUGUCUCGAUCCGAGUCCUUGGCAGAAGUUUCCGUUUGCUGGGUUCGGCGCGAUGGUCGCCGCGAUCGCGACGCUGAUGAUGGACACUGUGGCCACCGGAUACUUUAGCCGCUCGCACAGCGCUAGGGCUCGGACGGCGGCCGUGACCGAUGAGACCAAGGCCGACAUGGAGGCUCCCCACGGCAUGCACGGGCACAACGACGUUCACGUACAUAGCCAUGCAAAUCACGGUCACAUUCACGAGGAUCCUUCGGCUCAGCAGCUGAUCCGCCAUCGCGUUAUCUCUCAGGUUUUGGAGCUCGGCAUCGUGGUUCAUUCUGUAAUAAUUGGGAUUUCCUUGGGCGCAUCGGAGACUCCAUCUACGAUAAGGUCUCUGCUGGCCGCUCUCAGCUUUCAUCAGUUCUUUGAGGGUGUAGGGCUCGGAGGAUGCAUCGUGCAGCAUUGUGGUUUUGUGUCGCAGGCGAAGUACCAAAUGAAGUCAAUGGUAACGAUGGGGCUCUUCUUCUCCCUCACGACACCGGUUGGGAUUGCGGUAGGUAUGGGAACAUCAUCGGUGUACGACGAAAACAGUCCCACAGCUCUCGUCGUCGAAGGUCUUCUGGAUUCUGCCUCCGCCGGAAUCUUGAUUUAUAUGGCCCUCGUUGAUCUGCUUGCCCAAGAUUUUACGAAUCCGAGGGUGCAGAGCAAACCCAAAUUACAACUUGCCAUGAACAUCUCUCUCCUUCUGGGAGCAGCACUCAUGUCUAUUCUUGCCAAGUGGUCUUAGAACCAUUUGUACUCUGUACGAUAGAUAAUUUUUGCAUCGUUAUUAUUAUAGUUGUCUGUGAAAUUUGUGAUGCUAGUGGAAAUUACUUUUUAGGAGUGC